AUGGCCCCGUCGCCCCUAGCCAUGGCCCCUCGCGACCUGCCGCCCCUAACCGCGGCCCCGCAGAGGGGGGGAGGGGACCUGCAGCACCUGCCCCCCCCCCCCCCCCCCCCCCCCUCCAUGGGGAUGGCGGGGAGAGCGGGGGGAAGCUUGGAGGUUCAGGGGGAGGCAGGAGGGGAUCUGCAGCACCAGGUCCCCCACCCUUCUCCUACCUCCCCCUGCUGCGGGUACAGCAGUGGGGGGGAGGGGAUUUGCCAUCCCCCUGCUGCGGAUGCGGCAGUGGGGGGAGGGGACCUGCAGCACCAGCCCCCCCCCCCCCCCCCUCCCCCCCCUCCUCUCCGCCCUUUUCUCCUCUCCCUCCCCCUGCUGCGGGUGCCGCAGUGGGGGGAAAGGGAUCUGCCAUCCCCCUGCUGCGGAUGCAGCAGUGGGGGGAGGGGACCUGCAGCACCAGCCCCCCCCCCCCCCCCCCCUCUUCUCCUCCGCCCUUGCUGCGGGUGCAGCAGUGGGGGGAGGGGAUCUGCAUCAGCAGUGGGGGGAGGGGAUUUGCAGCAGCAGUGGGGGGAGGGGAGUUGCAGCAUCAGCCCCCCCCCCCCCCCCCUUUUCUCCUCCACCCCUGCUGCGGGUGCAGCGGUGGGGGGAGGGGAUCUGCAGCAGCAGUGGGGGGAGGGGAGUUGCAGCAUCAGCCCCCCCCCCCCCCCUUUUUUCUCCUCCACCCCUGCUGCGGGUGCAGCGGUGGGGGGAGGGGAUCUGCAGCCCUGUGCAGCAGUGGGGUGGGGGUAUGGGGGUGGCGGGUGUGGGUGCAACUGCGGGGUGGCGGGUAUGGGGGUGGCGGGUGUGUGA